AUGGGAACUCGAUUGGACCUUCCCAGCUUACCAGACAGCAUUCUGUACCAGAUCUUCAGAGGCCGUUGCCUUCCGAUCUCCUCAGCCGGACUGGUCUGUCGGCGCUGGUACAGAGUCUCCCGAGAUGAUUUCCUGUGGAAGGAGCUUUUCUACCGACACUUCCGGGUGCAUCGCGACAUCCUCCGGAUCCACAAGCCAGGGGCGGAGUCCUGGUACGAGGAGUUCCAGCGGGUGUGUGACGCGGUGCCGCGGGUGGAGGCGCAGAGGUUACGGGAACACGGGGACCAAGUGCUGCACAUCAGCUUCUCCCACUCAGGGGACCUGUUUGCUUCCUGCUCCAAGGACUGUACCAUUAAGGUUUGGGCCAGCGCCCCGCCCAUCUCGGUCCGACACAGCGCCGACAUGAAGCCGCAUCACUGGAGCUACACCCAGUUCUCCCAGUUUAACUCCGACGACUCCCUCCUGCUGGUCUCCGGGGUGUUCGUGGGGCCGCACAACUCUUCCGCCGGGGAGAUCGCCGUCUUCAGUCUGGACAACUUCCUGCUGCUCUCGCGAGUAAGGAACAAACCGUAUGAUGUGUUUGGCUGCUGGCUCAGUAACAGUCACCUCAUCUCCGGCAACUUGCACCGUAUGGGGAGAGUCACGUCCUGCUCCGUCCUGUGGCUCAACAAUGCCUUCCAGGAUGUCGAGUCGGAGAACGUGAAUGUCGUGAAGAGACUUUUCAAGAUCCAGAACCUGAACGCCAGUACAAUCCGUAUGGUGAUGGUGGCCAAUUCUCCAGACCUUUUGGUGGAAGUCACUGACCAAUCAGAAGAGGGUACAAAGAGCCCGCCGCCCCCACAGGCAGAGGAGGAGGAGGGAGAUGCGGAAGAGGAAGACGCAGAGAGAGAGAUUGGGGAGGAGAAUGAGCGGCUGGAGGAGGAGCUUCAGAUAUUUUUGGCCAAUGGGGAGGAGGGGCUUCCCAGGCCAAUACUCUCUGAGAACCAGUUUGAGACUAAGGUUGCCCAGUUAUAUGCCCAAUACAGAACCAAGCGGCCCGAUGGGGGCCCCACAGCCACAGAGGGGGAUCCGGGCAAGAAAUACCUCAUCUUCACCACAGGGAGCCUCACCUACGCGCCCCACCAGAUAGGGAUUAAACAGCUGUUGCCCCAUCAGAUGACGACUGCGGGGCCGGUUCUGGGGGAGGAGCGGGGCCCAAACGAGUUCUUUGACGCUCUGGAUCACGUUAUUAAUAUUCACGGUCACAUCAUCGGCAUGGGGCUCUCCCCCGACCACAGGUACCUGUAUGUAAAUAGCCGCCCUUGGCCCCACGACUGCGUUGUCGCCGACCCCAUGGACCCCCCCCCCAUAGCCGAGGAGAUCGAACUGCGCCUGUUUGACCUGCGGAGCUUGAGGGAAGCGGCGACCCCCCUGCGAGCCCACCGGGCCUACACCCCCAAUAACGAGUGCUUCUUCAUCUUCCUUGACGUCAGCACCGACUUUGUGGCCAGCGGGGCGGAAGAUCACUGCGGCUACGUGUGGGACCGCCAUUACAGCGCCUGUCUGGCCAAGUUGCCCCACGACGACGUGGUGAACUCGGUGGCCUUUAGCCCAGCCAAUCAGGAGCUGCUGCUCAGCGCCAGCGAUGACUUUACCAUUAAGGUGUGGCGCUCCCGGCGCUCUCUCCGACACUACUGGACUUGAGAUUGGGCCACGCGGAUCCCAGCGCCCCCCCCCCUCGGGGUGGGUUACAGGGGUGCGGCCCGGGCCCCCCGGGGUGUGACGGGUGGGUUACAGGGGUGCGGCCCGGGCCCCCCGGGGUGUGACGGGUGGGUUACAGGGGUGUGGCCCGGGCCCCCCGGGGUGCAGGAGAUUUUAUUUCUACCGUGGGACUUGGAAUCUAUUUAUUUGUUUGCUCUUUUAUUUGGGGGGGGAACCGGUGUGUCAGGGGGGGCACCACUUUAUAUUUAUAUAUCGUGCCAACCAGCGCCACCGCUUUGCCCAGUAACCCAACCCGCUCUGAUUAAAGCAACUCACAGUCA